CGUAAACAACAUUUCAAUGACCUGCAAUAAUUCUUGUAAUAGUGAUUUAAGAGUGAUUUGAAAUGCGGCACUGUCCUCGCUGUUCUGCAUUUGGGAGAAACGAAAUCUGGAGUUUGCAACUCACCUUUCUUCUUCAACACCUUCUUCUCCAUUGCUUUCCCCAAAGAAAAAUAAAAACUAGUGACCAAGAAGAAGAAACAAAGCUGUAAUGAUAAACCACCACCAAUGGGUCUAUCUUGCACUAUUUGUUAUGCUGUUAUUAUCUUUUUCAUAGCCUCAGUAUCCUUCUUUAACAAUGCCCAAUUUGCACCUCCAAUGGCAAAGUUAAAUACUUGUUGGACCAACAAGCCCUCAAUUUACAAUAAUUUUACCGAUUAUCCCAGUUUCAAUCUCACACCCGUCCUCCAAGGAUCAUCCAGUGGCUCACAUUUGAUCUGUGGUUUCUAUUGCCCUACUCAACAAACUCAGGCAUGCCUCUUUGGUGUUGUACUCUUCGCUAGUACAGAUUAUUUUAGCGACAACUCGUCUUAUAUAAUUGCAGCGGAACUAGUUUGGUCUGCAAAUCGGGACAAUCCUGUUCAAAUUGACGCCACCUUACAACUCACUGGAGAUGGAGAUUUGAUAUUGCAUGACGCAGAUGGCACUUUCGUAUGGUCUACCAACACAUCAGGAAAGUCCGUCUUCGGCAUGAAUUUCACUGAAUUGGGAAACCUGGUCCUCUUUGAUCAAAACAAUAAAACGGUUUGGCAGUCGUUUGAUCACCCAACUGACUCCUUGCUUGUUGGCCAGACUUUGUUUCGUGGCCAGAAGCUCACCUCCAGCAAAUCCGCAUCGAACUUGACUCCAGGUUUGUUUUCUUUUAAAGUUCAAGACUAUUACGAGAUGGUGGUGGCUUAUGUAGAAUCCAAUCCACCCUUGCCCUAUUUUCAAUACUAUGUAGGAGUGAAAUAUGUUAAAUUUGAGAAAGAAAGCUUUUUGCGGCACAAAAUCCCUGUUGCAUCAUCAUCGUCAGCUCAUCAUCAGUUCGUAAGGUUGGAUCCUGAUGGGCAUUUGAAGGUAUAUGAGUGGGAUGGACGGAAUUGGAUUUGGACUGUGACGGCUGAUCUGAUGACAUCAGAUAUUGGUGACUGCGGUUAUCCCAUGGUGUGUGGCAAUUACGGCCUCUGUUCUUCACAUGGACAGUGCAGUUGUCUUGAGGAAGCCAUCUACAACAGCACUUUCUGGCAAAUAAAUUCUAGGCAACCCAGCCUUGGAUGUUCCCUUGUUACACCCAUUUCUUGUGACCAUUCUCAAUAUCACACCCUUUUGGAGCUUAAGAAUACUAGUUACUUUUACUUCAAGUUCAACAUCCAAUCCCUAUCCAAAAACUUUAAUUUGGAAGAAAAAUUAGCAUUAGAGGAUUGCAAGACGAGUUGCUUGAAAAACUGUUCAUGCAAAGUAGCUCUUUUUGCACAUAAUUUGGGCUAUCAUUCAAGGCAAGGUUGCUUAUUAUUGUCUGAAGUCUUUUCUCUUAUAAGUAAUGAGGAAACAAUGCGUGAGACCGUUGCUGUAUUUCUUAAAGUGCAGAAAUCUCCGACUACACAGAAUCUUAUUCCUUCAACAGUAAAUUCUCCUCAAAAGAAAUCAAGGCAAGUCAAGAUCAUAAUGGGUUCCAGUCUCGGAGCUUUUUUUGUUCUAUUUUUCGUGGUUGCCUCUUGCAUUUUCUUUUUCAAAAAGAAACAAGAGUCCGAGGAUUUCGAUGAGUUCUUUGUUGAUCAAGUACCAGGGAUGCCUACCAGAUUUUCUUACGAAGAAUUGAGAGCCAUGACAAGCAAUUUCAAUGACAAGCUCGGGGAAGGAGGAUUUGGGUCAGUGUUUCAAGGGACAUUAAGCGAUGGCACCAAAGUAGCGGUGAAGCGUCUCAAUGGUUUUGGUCAAGUUAAGAAGUCAUUUUUAGCUGAAGUUGAAACAAUAAGCAGCAUUCACCAGGUCAAUUUGGUGAGAUUAAUUGGAUUUUGUGCUGAAAAAUCAUAUAGGCUUCUAGUUUACGAGUACAUGUCCCAUGGAUCCUUGGAUACAUGGAUCUUCCAAAGGCACCAGGAGCAAACUCUUGGGUGGCAAUCCAGAAAGAAGAUCAUUAUGGAUAUAGCCAAGGGACUAGCCUAUCUUCAUGAGGAAUGUAGGCAAAAGAUAUUUCACUUGGAUAUCAAACCCCAAAACAUCCUCUUAGAUGAAGACUUCAAUGCGAAAAUUUCUGAUUUUGGAUUGUCGAAACUAAUUGAUAAGGACCAAAGCCAAGUUGUAACAUUGAUGAGGGGAACACCAGGCUAUUUGGCUCCUGAAUGGUUGAGCUCAAUUAUCACCGAGAAAGUAGAUGUUUAUAGCUUUGGUGUCGUGGUGCUGGAAAUGUUGUGUGGGCGCAAAAAUUUGGAUAGGUCUCAGCCUGAGGAAGAUAUGCAUCUGCUAGAUUUGUUUAAGAGGAAAGCAGAAGAGGAACGACUUCUGGAUAUCGUUGAUAAAUACAAUGAUGACAUGCAAACACAUAGAGCAGAAGUUGUGGAGAUGAUGAGGGUUGCUGUGUGGUGUCUACAAAGUGAUUUUUCCAGGAGGCCUUCCAUGUCAGUGGUGGUUAAGGUCUUAGGGGGUUCUGUAGAUGUUCAAAGCAAUUUGGAUUAUAACUUCACAACUCUUGUGGCACGAAGACCAAUUACAGUUGCUGGUCACCAAGGGGAUGCCAUUGGUGCUGCUACUCCAUUAUUUGCAUCAACUUUAUCAGGACCAAGGUAAAUAAAGUAUACUCCAACGAGCAAACUACAACUGGUUGUUUAAAGUUUUUGUUUUCCAUUUCUUAUGUAGUGAACUAUAAUCAAAGAUUUUUAUUUGUGCAAAUCACAAUCCAUGAUACCAGGAUUAAUGGUGUUUUAGGUAGAGUUGAUAAAAUUUCAACUCUCUCAAUAAUAUUUGCCCCUUUUAUUUCUUCAAGUUCUUCCAUCAUCAUUUCCAUAGUACAUACAAAACCACAUGAAUGUAGUGAGCAAGAUUAGAUUUCCCAUAGUUUUAAUUAAAACAUUUUCAAGUUCUAUAGUGAAGGCGAAGUACAUAGAUAUUUUGUGAGAGUAUGAGAGUUUCUCAUGAUUCAAGUAAAACAAGAGAACAUCAAAUUAGUGGUUUACGAUUCAAACUUUAUUCUCCAAAAGAUGUGUCAAUGAAUAGUAAAUUAAGUUUGAAGAAGGAACAAAGGUGGCUUAUAUUU